CGUUUCUUCAAUUCCUCCGAUCAUCAUCAUCUUCAUCGAUCCACAGCGAUUUCCUUGCCGAUUGAGGGAAAGGAGGAGAUCAAUCGAUCGUCUUCAACAAUGGAAACCCAAGAUUGAGAAUCCUCUAUUCCGACGCGGUGGCAGAUUCAUCCAUCAAUCCCUAACGCCGUUCCGUCACAGAUCUCUUCUGGCCGAGGCGAUGCGCCAUCGGAAAAUCCCGGCGACACCAGUAGAGCGACAACAGAAUCCCAUCGCCGCUGCCGAUCCGCCUCGAUACCGUGGGGUCAGGAAGCGCCCAUGGGGCCGUUUCGCCGCCGAGAUCAGGGAUCCGGUCAGGAAAGCCCGCGUCUGGCUUGGAACCUUCAACACCGCAGAGGACGCCGCCCGCGCCUACGACGAUGCCGCCCGCACCUACCACGGAGCUAAAGCUAGAACCAAUUUCCCCUCCUCCGAUCUUGUCCCCCACGAUCAUAUUGCCAAUAAUCGCCGCACCAAUUUGGUUGCCCCUCUCCCGGCUGAGAACCAUUACCAAGGGGUUCCUUAUUCCGGACCAGCCAGAAGCAGCCUCAGCAGCACCGUGGAGUCCUCCAGUGGCCCCCGCCUGCCUUCUCCCCCCUCCGCCCCCGCCGCCAAGCAACAGUUGCGCCCCAAGUUUCCUCCACCACCGGACGAUUGCCACAGCGACUGUGGUUCGUCCUCGACAGUGAUGGACUUUGACGAUCAAGAUCAAACCACAUCAUAUCUCUUUCCCAAAAAGCCCCUGCCUUUCGAUCUCAACCUGCCCCCUCCUCCAUCCGACAACUACUGCAUUGCAGACGAGUUAAAGGCCACUGCCCUCCACCUCUGAUUCUACCAACAAACAGUCAUGGUAUCCCUAAUUUAUAUAUCUUAUAUAUAUGCAUAUUAUCAAAGAAAAAUCUUGUCCCCGUUUUCAUCUUCCCAAAUUUUCCACUUUCUUUUAAAGUUUUAUUUUCCACUGGUUGUUUAGAUUUGUAGUAUAGAUUUUAGUACUGGAACUUGAAUGUGAAAGGGAUACGAUCUGUAUUAAGAAAGAUUUCUUUCUGAAUAAUAUACAUUCCCUAUAUUUGUAACCUGAUGUACAAUUAAAAACCUUAUCAAUGCAUUGUUAUAUUGUAUUGCUACAUAAAGAAGGGUUCUUGAG